UUGAGAUUAUAGGCAUUUCUGCCUCACUGAGGAUGGAUGUGUGGAAGGCAGACUAGUAAAACUUUUGCAGGUAAGCAGUUAAAAUAUUCCAUGCACUCCAUUGGUCACUUGUUUUCUGCUAGUUCUGCGUGUAUAGAAUUGGUUGAUAGCCUGGAUUGCUGAAUAUAGAACUGAACUUUUUCCCCAUGUAAAUGGAUUGUUGUGAACAGAUAUAAGCAUCAAUCAAAUCUCUUUAUUGCUGCUGUUCUAUUUUCUUGGCCUCUCUUGUUGGAAAAGAGCUCUUAUAACAACUAAGGGGGAGGGAAUCCAGGAAUUUUCAUAGAGGACAUCUAAUUGCUGCUGCUGCCAUUCUCAUUUAUCUUCAUACUCUUCAUAUUAGUGAGUCUGGAUUGCUGCUAAAUAAUCUUGAGACCAUUAAUUAACAGAUCAUCUAUCCUUCAGCAAUUACUUUAAAGGAUCAAGUAAAGCAAGACUGCUAAAUAUUUGUGUGUGAAAGGUCAUACAAAAAUAAUUGGUCAUAAUGGAUUUUCUAAAGAUUGCUUCUUUUUUUUUGGAAAGCCUGAUGUAGGUUUUCACCAAUGUGACUCUGUAAGUAAAAUAGGGUUCUUUUUUAGAGAAGGGAGCUGUCUGUAGCACAUUUGGUGGAUUUAUACAUCUUCAUAAGGAACAGAUGCUUUAUGGAUUUGCUACGAGGCAAAAUAUUCUGAUCUAUUUCAGUCGAAGAUGCAAGGGUGAGAUUUCCCUACUAAAUAUGAAAUGCCCAGUUAAAUUCCAAGGGAUUUGCUAAUCAGAAUGGUCUUUGGGGAAGACAGCUGUCUGUUGGACAAUAUAUUUCAUUGUGUUGGGAGGAAAAAAAGAUAGUUUUACUUGAGAGGUUACCAUUUGUUAAAUGUAGGGCUCCUAAAGGAAGGUUUGUGACAUGCAACAUUGAGAGCUUUAAUUAAUUUUUUAACACAUUCUUGUUCUGACAGUAUUUGAACAGUGAAUGUGUUCACACUCUAAGUAAAUAAACUGAGUGUAAUACAUGCCAGUUCUUUAUACAAUAAGACUGAAACUGAUAAAUAUUCAGUAAACAGCUAACCCUUUGCCAGACCUCUGAUCAUGUUGAAAGGCACACUUGCUUUGCAUGUAAUUUGAGGAAAGGUAUUGUAUCCCGCAGAGCUUGGCUUUGACUGAAAGAUGGAAUUUUGUGCUUGCUUUGUGUUCUGAAGGCAGGCUUACAGAUAAAUAGGUCACUGUCUAUGGAACUGCUUUUCACUAAAUUGAUUUGUGGCAAUAUGACGUUAAGUCUGAUCUCUUUGCUGUACAAGGAUAUUGCAGAAUUGUGGCUCCUUCUGAAGAAAAGCACAGAAGAAAUCAUGCAUCAGGAUAUCAUUCCCCUCUGUGCUGCAGAUAUUGAAGACCAGUUAAAGAAGCAAUUUGCUUAUCUGUCAGGUGGUAGAGGGGAAGAUGGUUGCCCUGUUAUCACAUUCCCAGACUACCCAGCUUUCAGCGAGAUCCCAGAGAAAGAGUUUCAGAAUGUCCUGACAUAUCUAACUAGCAUUCCAAGUUUACAAGAUGCUGGAAUUGGAUUUAUCCUUGUCAUAGAUCGAAGGCAAGACAAAUGGACCUCUGUGAAAGCCUCCAUACUGCGAAUAGCGGCAUCUUUCCCAGGAAACCUGCAGCUGGUCCUUGUUCUGCGUCCAACAGGAUUUAUCCACCGAACUCUCUCAGACCUCACUUUCAAAUUCAACAGAGAUGAAUUUAAAAUGAAGGUACCUAUCAUAAUGCUGGGCUCGGUAACAGAAUUGCAUGGUUAUAUUGACAAAACACAGCUAACAGAAGACCUUGGUGGCACUCUGGAUUAUUGCCAUAACAGAUGGCUCUCUCACCGCACUGCCAUAGAAAGUUUUGCCCUAAUGGUUAAGCAAACAGCUCAAAUGCUUCAGUCCUUUGGGACCGAAUUGGCUGAAACAGAACUACCAAAUGAUGUGCAAUCAACCAGCUCCCUUCUUGCAGCACAUAGUGAAAAGAAGGACAAAAUGAAGGAGGAUUUGAGGUUAGCAUUAAAACAGGGACGUGAUAUUCUCGAAAGUAAUAGAAAGCCAGUUACUGAGAACCCAGACUACAAACUCAGCCAAGAUCAGCUUGACAAUCAAACCACUGUGGAAAGGCUUCUGGCUCAAUUAGAUGAAACAGAGAUUGCCUUUGAUGAAUUUUGGGCUAAACAUCAACAAAAGCUUGAGCAGUGUGUACAGCUUCGGAAUUUUGAACAAACUUUUAGAGAGGUCAAAGCAGCUUUAAGUCUUGUGUCCGAGAGGUUAUCUGCUUUCACUGAUGUGGGAAACAGCUGUUCACAUGUGGAGCACAUUCUGAAGGAUCUUGCCAACUUUGAAGAAAAAUCAUGUGAAUCCUUAGAAAAAGCUAGGGUGCUAGCUUCUCAAGGUGACCAGCUUGUUCAAAACAACCACUAUGCUGUGGACUCCAUUCUUCCAAAGUGCAAUGAGCUCCAUCAUCUCUGUGAUGCAUUUGCUACAGAGACAGAAAAGAGGAGAGGUCUUCUUAACAAAUCUCUGGAACUGCACAGUCUAUUGGAGAAGUCCAUGAGGUGGUGUGAUGAAGGCAUUUACCUGCUAGCAUCACAGCCUGUAGACAAAUGCCAGUCCCAGGAUGGAGCAGAAUCAGCUUUACAGGAGAUUGAGAAAUUCCUGGACAUGGGGGGAAACAAUAAAAUCAAGGAACCGAAUAAAGUUUACCAACUAUAUGAACCCAUUCUCAACCAGGACCUAAUGGAACAUGUGCAAAAAGUUUUUCAAAAGCAGGAAAGCAUGGAAGAAAUGUUUCAAAAGAGACAAGUGAGCCUUAAAAAACUGGCAGCUAAGCAGACGCGUCCAGUUCAGCCAGUGGCACCAAGACCUGAAGUCUUUGUAAAAUCUCCUUCUGUGUCUCCAGGUCUUCGAAGAGGCUCGAACUAUGUGUCCAACACAGAAGAUAACAUGCUCCGGAGAAUGAACUACAGAAGACUAAAAAGUGAAAUGAGUGAAAUCCGUCAAAGCAGAGGUGGAUCUGUGAUGGAUGAUGAAGAAAACCUAGCUGUGUUACGAAGCCAUGUAAUUAAUGAACUUAUUGAAACUGAACGAGCAUAUGUGGAAGAACUUCUGUGUGUUCUUGAGGGGUAUGCAGCAGAGAUGGAGAACCCUUUAAUGAUGCAUCUCAUUUCACCAGGGCUCCUAAAUAAGAAGGAUAUUUUGUUUGGGAAUAUGGAAGAAAUUUAUCAUUUUCAUAACAGAAUAUUCUUGAAAGAACUAGAAAAUUACAUAGAAUACCCAGAACUGGUGGGAAGGUGUUUUCUGGAAAGGAUGGAAGAUUUCCAGAUUUAUGAAAAAUACUGCCAAAAUAAGCCCCGAUCUGAAAGCUUAUGGAGGCAGUUUUCAGACUCUGCGUUUUUUCAGGAAUGUCAGAGGAAACUUGAUCACAAGCUGAGUUUGGAUUCCUACUUACUGAAACCUGUUCAGAGAAUAACCAAAUAUCAGUUACUGCUGAAGGAAAUGCUGAAAUACAGUAAAAACUGUGAAGGAGCUGAAGAUCUGCAGGAGGCAUUAACCUCUAUACUCGGUAUUCUCAAAGCAGUCAAUGAUUCCAUGCACCAGAUUGCCAUUACUGGCUAUGAUGGAAACCUGAAUGAACUAGGCAAGCUUUUAAUGCAAGGAUCCUUCAGUGUAUGGACUGAUCAUAAAAAGGGCCACUCCAAAGUGAAGGAUUUGGCACGUUUCAAGCCAAUGCAAAGGCACCUCUUCCUCCAUGAGAAAGCAGUGUUGUUCUGUAAAAAGAGAGAAGAAAAUGGAGAGGGAUAUGAAAAAGCACCUUCCUACAGUUAUAAGCACUCCUUAAACAUGACAGCUGUUGGAAUAACAGAGAACGCUAAAGGUGACUCAAAGAAAUUUGAAAUCUGGUAUAAUGCGAGGGAAGAAGUUUAUAUCAUUCAGGCACCAACCCCUGAAAUUAAAGCUACCUGGGUAAAUGAAAUUAGAAAAGUGUUAACUAGCCAACUGCAGGCAUGCAGAGAAGCUAGUCAGCACAGAACACUAGAACAGACAUACAGUUUACCUGUACCUGCCUCAACUUGUACAAGUCCUUCAAGGAAUCAGGGAAGAACUGUCAAACUAGAAGAGAGAAAAACUGAUCCCACAAGUCCAGAAGGUUGUGUCACCUCAGUAGCACCAAAGUACCCUGAGAAGGGCAAAGAUGAUACAGUAAUUAGUUCUACCUCAGAAUGCUCUGCACUGUCAAAAAAGCGCUUUACACUUCAGGGCUUUACUAACCUGAAAAGUCAGAAAGCUUCUCCUACCAGCCCUGACAAAAAAGCUAAACGACAUGAAGUAAAGAGUGAUCCAACUCCUUUUGGUUUAAGAGGUUGGGCUAAAACAUCUCAUUCACUUGAUGCCUCUGAAGAAAAUGAUGGUUGGUCUAGUGCUGAGGACCCACUUAAUUCAUCAGAUGCAGAGGAAGAAGAAGGAGAAGGGGGAGGAGAGAUGAAGCUGACUCCUGGUAAAUACACUGUUGUGACUGAUUAUGACAAAGGAGGUUCUGAAGAUCUUGCAGUGAAAAGUGGAGACCUUGUUCAGCUGAUCCGUGAAGGGGAGGACAGACUUUGGUAUGUGAAGAAUCUGAGCACCGGGAAAGAAGGUUUGGUGCCAGCCAACAAUUUAUUGAUGCUCAUUGGCAACUCAAAAUCAGCUCAGUCUUUAAGCAGCUCUGAAUCAGGCACUGGAUGCAGUACUUUGAGUUCAUCAUCAAGUUACAAUGAAAGUUGCAAUGCUGGCAGCACCAGCUUCUGAGACAUCAAGGGCUAAUGCUAAUGUUUCCCCAAGUCACCUGUGAACUUCGAGCAUCUUGUGAGGACUUUUGAACGUUGGACUGAAAUGGAGAUCCAGCAUGUGUGUGUUGCCUGUCUCAUGUUUUAAACGGUGAUUUACAGAGCCAACCCUAGGAAGAGGUCAGUGAAAAGUAUGUGGAGUCUGAGAUUAUAAAGAAAAGUAAAUUAUCUGAAAUGGGAUCUUCUAGAAGCUUCUGAUCUGAAGUCUGAAUCUCAACAUAAGUUUUCGCAUGGGUAUUGCCAUCAAAUUUCUACAGACACACCAUUUAACCACAACCAGAAGAACAACAGGACAAGACAGGAAUGUGUUCCUCUGUGGUAAAUCCUAUUGUAAAAUAAUGAAAUAAAAAAUAAUUGUAUAAUAUAGAAAUAAGGAUAAGAAAUCUGAGUUUACAGUUCACUCUUCCAAAAACCUUCCUGUAAGGAUACUUCUGGGUUAAUGCAGUAUAUGGAGUCUCUUUUACAAUAACCGGGAAUUAAUUGUAGGUCCAGCCAUUAUCUUGUCUUGAAUUUUUAGCACUGUGCUUUCUGCAGUAAAAUGCGUCUUCACAGGCUGUGGUGCAAAAGAAAUGGACAAUUCACUGACCACAAUAGCAUCAAAAAAAAGACUAUUUUAUCUUUUCCAGCAUUUUUUACUGUGUGUCCAGUGGCCAUUUUUGAGGUAUUUUGGCCUCCGAACCAAGUUCUUUACCAAGAAUCACUGUGUUUACAUAACACUGGCAAUUUAAUAGCAUCUUUGAUACAAAAUUAUUUUUCAUUACUAAGGUACACAUUGAAACACAAAAUGUUUGUAUUACUUAAGUGAUUUCUUAAUGAUUUGUAAUACAAUGUGGUUAUCUUCAGCUCUAACAGUUAGAAGAUGGUUACAGGCAAAUGAAACUAUGCCAGCCACACUAUAUAGCUCAAGAGCUUUCCUAAUGCUGAAGAUUUAUUGUGAGGAUUAGAAACCUGAACCUUUUAGCUAAGGAUGUAUGUUUGUAGAUUUACUCAAAAGGAUGGAAAAAUCUAAACAAUUGUAUAUUUUUUCUAUAAAAUGGGAGGGUGAGGGCACUUACUUUAUUUUAAAAAAAUCUGGACUACAUUGCGGACAAAUAUUUUAAAUCCUUUUUUUAAAGGGAGGGAAAUCAUAAACAUACAGUUUUUCAGGGUAUAAUGUAAAUGCUGUAAAUUAUCACCUCCUCAGAUAUUCUUUGCAGUUCAGCCUUACCAAUGCAAACAGUGCAUCAAUUUUGAUUUUUUUUUUUUUUUGCUUAUACUGGAAUAUCAUUUUUUCCUGGUCUGUGUACUGUAUUACUUAAAAUAAUCUGGAGUGUUGAGGGCUUAAUUUUCAGAAGCACUGAGCGCAGUGAGCUGCUAUUGCAGUCAAUGGGAGCUGCUGGUGCUCCGCACCUAGAAGUCUGACUGAAUAUAAGAAAUCUUGAUUUUACUCUCUAUCAUGCGAACAGCUAAAAGAGAAAUGCCUCAAAAGAAUUAUCUUACUUUUCUAGUUUCCAGAAGUGAUUUCCGUCCCAGUUACAAUCAAAAUGCAGCUGGCUGUGGCCAGUGCAUAAAUGUAUAUAUAAAUAUGUAUGUGUCUGUGUGUGUGUGUGUGUAUAUAUACAUAUAUAUAUAUAUAUCAGUGUAAAAGAUGUAUUUAUAGUCUUCAUGCUGCUGAAAAUGUGUCACUUUACAAUUCAUAAAUACUUCGGUUUCUUGCAAUACUGCAGUAUGAAGGCUGGUCAGGGUUUUUACUUUAUGCAUCAUUUCCAAAAAAGGAUUCAUCUGUUCCUUCUUAAAUAUCCUAUACUAAACUGUGCUGGCCAGGACCGUUUAGCCUGAUAUGUGAUAAUGAAAUAGCGAUGUGCAGAGAUAUUGGUUUGCCUUCUUAUUUGUAAGUUAUUUUGUAAAUGAUCUGUAACAUAAUUUACUUAAAUAUAUUGCUCUCAAACA